GUAGUUCGCACCCGUCCCGCGCAGGCGCACGUUUGGCUGCCGCUGCCCGGCUGCUUCUUUGUGGUGGUCGCCGUCCUUUGUCGGGGUCCUGCGGUGUCCGUCCAUCCAUCUGCCGGUCUCUCAGUCCAUCCCAGGACCCGACUGUCGGCCGCGCUCUGCGCCCGCUGGCUCUUGGCGACGGAGGCUGGCCUUGGUCCUUGCGGCGCGGGUCGCCCGGAGGAGUGCGUGACCCGGUGUGAUGGCGCGCGUGUGCGAUUGUGUGUAAACCCCGUCUGGGUGUGUGUCUGUCCGUGAUAUGUAAAGUGAAAGUGUGUGUGCGUGUGUGUGUUUGCCGCGCCUGCCUGACCCCUCCCUCCGCUGGGGCACAGGGGAGGGUUUCUGUGUGUUGGAGCGUGUGAUCGUGCGCGUGGGAGCCUGUGGAGCGCUGUGAUGGGACAGUGUGUGUUUGUGUGAGCCCAGUCCGGGGCUGUGGGUAUGUGUUUCCUCUUCUCCAGCCUGCCUAUCCCUUUUCUCCACUGAGCCAUAGAGGAGGGGCUCCGUGUGUGAUUGUGCAGAUGUGAGUCGGAGUGUGUGUUCGCUUGUGCGACCCUGCGAAGUUCCCCUGCAGGCCGCUGUCCCUGAGUCCUAGGAGGCUACAGAGCUGCCGACCCUCCCGGGGACGCUGCCAACGGGCACCAUGGAAGUCCCCGCCCCGAAGCCCAAGGAAACAGUUCUGCCCUCUCAGGACCCUGCUCUUCCCUUCAAAAAGAAUCCAGAAGAUAAGUUGGGUCGUGGUCUCCUGGGAGCCAGGUCCGAGGAAUCGGUUACAUUCAAGGAUGUGGCUGUGGACUUCACUCAGGAGGAGUGGGGCCAGCUAGACUCCCCCCAGAGGGCCCUGUACCGGGAUGUGAUGCUGGAGAACUACCGGAACCUUCUCGCCCUUGGGCCUCCGGUCUGCAAGCCAGAGGUGAUAUCCCACCUGGAGCGAGGCGAGGCCCCGUGGUGCUCGCAGAGAGGAGCAGCUGCCUAUCCAGAGUGGGAGCCCAUGCCUGCGAUGAGGGAGCAGCGCCUGUACAAGGAAGAGCCUGGCCAGGAGGCAACACUGGAAAGGCUGACGGGGCCCAGUCUUCACGGCUGCGGCUGGGGUGACCUGUGGGGCUGGGAAGAGCAGGCAGAUGCUCUGCCGGGAAGUCAGGGUGCACUGUGGCACCCAGCGCCUGCCACCUGUGAGGACUUGUCCCGGGAGCAGGAGAGCAGUAGGGGGCUCAGCGAGUUGGAGGGAGGUUCUCCCCUCAGGUCAGCCCUCUUGGUCCCACAAAGCAUUCCUGCAGAGGCCGGCUCUCAUGACAACACACCGGUGACAAACUUCCAGUCCAACGCAGCGGUCACCCAGCACCAGAGGACGUGUGCAGGGAGAAACGCCUGCCGGUCCACUGCCCACGGAAAGUUCUCGGGUGCGGGCAGGCCACUGGGGGUGGGCCCCGGGGAGGGGUUCUUUGCGUGCGGCGAGUGCGGGAAGGCGUUCGGCCAGAGCUCCUCCCUGGCCCUGCACCGGCGCUGGCACAGCCGGGAGAAGGCUUACAAGUGCCACGAGUGCGGCAAAGCCUUCACCUGGAGCACCAACCUCAUCGAGCACCAGCGGAUCCACACCGGGGAGAAGCCCUUUUUCUGCAGCGCCUGCGGGAAAGCCUUCAGCUGCCACUCCUCCCUCAACGUGCACCAGCGGAUCCACACCGGCGAGCGGCCCUACAAAUGCACCGCCUGCGAGAAGGCCUUCAGCUGCAGCUCGCUGCUCAACAUGCACCGGCGCGUCCACACCGGCGAGAAGCCCUACCAGUGCGCCGAGUGCGGCAAGGCCUUCAACCAGAGGACGCACCUCACGCGCCACCACAGGAUCCACACCGGCGAGAAGCCCUACAAGUGCGGCGCCUGCGGGAAGGCCUUCACGUGCCACUCGUCCCUCACGGUGCACGAGACGAUCCACAACGGAGAGAAGCCCUUCAAGUGCGGCGAGUGCGAGAAGGCCUUCACCAACCGCUCGCGCCUCACGCUGCACCAGCGGAUCCACACCGGCGAGAAGCCCUUCAAGUGCGGCGACUGCGGGAAGGGCUUCAGCUGCCACUCGUACCUCAUCGUGCACCAGCGGAUCCACAGCGGGGAGAAGCCCUUCAAGUGCAACGAGUGCGGCAAGGCCUUCAGCUCCCACUCGUACCUCAUCGUGCACCAGCGGGUCCACACCGGCGAGAAGCCGUUCGACUGCAGCAGGUGCUGGAAGGCCUUCAGCUGCCACUCGUCGCUCAUCGUGCACCAGCGGGUCCACACCGGCGAGAAGCCCUACAAGUGCGCCGAGUGCGGCAAGGCCUUCAGCCAGAACCACUGUCUCAUCAAACAUCAGAAGCUCCACGCUGGAGACAAGUCCUUGAAGUGUAAGGAGUGUGGUGAAAUGUUCAGCUGGAGCUCCCACCUCCUCGAGCACCAGAGGCUGCACAGCCCUGAGAAGCCCUUCGCCGUCCAGUUCAACAAGCACCUGCUGAGCACGUACUACGUGCCGGGCAGUCUGCUCGGCCCGGAGAGCCCGGGGCUGGGUGAUGUCGACGCGGUCAAUGCAAUGGAUGUGGCCGAGCUGCUGUGUGCGGUGCAGCCAGCGCCCAGCAGGACGUUCCCGCUGGGGAGCAAACCCGGAAACUGAGGCCGUUUCUCCCCAGCAGCCGCUCCCUUCAUCACCCCAGCAAGUGCAUUGUUCUUCCCUUCCCCAGAUGAACCCAGAUGUGCCUCCAUGGCCCUCAUUGCGUGUUCAGAUCAUCCACAUGCCGGGACCCCUCUGUAGUUAGAGCCAGUCCCCUCCUUGGGAAAGAAGGGGUGCCCAAGAGAAGAGUUGCAGCCAUUUGAAGCUGCCGGUCACUCUGCUUCCUUGAUGGGUGAGAAAUCACCAACAAGGGGAAUCGAUCUUUCCUGACAAUUAAAAGAGAGUAUGUCAACUGCUGUGUCCUUGGACAGAUUCCUGACAUGACCGUGAUCAGAAAUUUCCUCUCUAAACAGUUAUGUUUGGAAUAAAAAAGAAAAAAACAAUACAGCAAUGGGUCUGAGCACUAUGACUUUCCUCACUAUUACAAGUGAAUGUUAUUAUAUUCCAGGAUGAGGGGGACUAUCUUGGAUGGUGGAGUUUUGGAAAAAAGUGAAUUUCCUGGACUUACCUCAUUUAAGUGGCUCUGCUGCAGAGUCAUUCAUUAGUGUCAGUGCAGUCAGGGGGUUGGCCCCACCAUGGCCACCAGAGCACGGCUCAGCCUUGGUAUGGCCAGGUCCUGACAUGCCUAUAACACGCCCCACCCUUAGUAUGGAAAAUUGGAAGCCUCUGGCAGAGGUCCCAUGCACCCAGGGAAGGUGGGCACAAUAUCCGGAUAGAUGUGUCUAGAAGCUUCUGGAAGCAUGCCUUCACUGGCGGCUCCUGGGUGGGGUCGGCUGCACCAUUUGAGGCAUAGGUCACCAGCUCACUCAGAGUGGAGGAGCACCUCCACAGAAGAGAACUGGAGAGGGGACCCUCAGCUUCAGGGAGACAGCUCUGAGGUGGCUCCACAUCACACUAUUUAUUAUACAAACCCCAGACCCUCCUAGGCCCUGUUGCUCCUGACAGACAGGAAGCUGGUAUUAACCUGGCAUCAAUGCUGUUUUUACUCCAGCCUAAGCUAGUAUGAGCUGCCUUUUCAGCGGUAAUACUUCACACUUGUAUAGAGUACCAUAGUUUAUAAAGUGCUUUUAAAAUACUUUUUAAAUUAUCGAGGCAAUAGGACCACAUUUCAGAAAGUGUGGAAUUAAGGAAAAGCCCAUACUUCCUAAUAAAACUGCAUUUUGCACUUAGAUACAUGACCUUCUGCUUUUUUCAUAGUGCAUUUUUACAUUAUAUUAGACACAGUGUCAACAUCAGUUUUAUCUUUUCCUCACUUAGCUGCUCUUUAUGGUGGUAAUUCUCAGUGGAGGCACAGUGUUCUAUGUAGUCUACAGGUAAUGCUUUUGUUGGAUGUUGAUGUUAUUUCCAUAUUUGUCACUAUUAUAAAUCGUUCUUAGCUGAGCAUCUUUUUGCGUUAUAUGGUAUUUUUACGCAAAUAAUGGGGGUCUUCUACAUUUUUUUGCUGGCUGCACCCUCCCCCUCAGGGCACCCUCACAAGGGACACCAUGCCAAUCCGGCCAGCCCUCUUCCACAUGUUGCUUACGAAAAUACCUCAAGGCGGGGAGGGCAUGGCCAGCAAACCAAUGCAGAAGGCAUGCAUUAUUUACGUAAAACACAGUAUUUCAGUGUUUUCUUAGUAGAUUUCUAGAAGUGAAAAAUUUUAGGUAAAGGAGAUGAAUGUUUUUAAGGAAUUCUUUUCUUUUUUUUUUUUUGGUUGUGUGUUUACAAAGUACAGUUUCAUUGUUCAGAAAUCAGUUACCGAUAUUGAUGAGGUGGGAAGUCCCUUUGUUCCCAUCUCCCUGAGACAGCCCUGUUAGAAGCCUGGUGCCCAGAAUUAUCUUCUCUCACUGCCCGGUGACAACAUAGUGAUGAUUCCUGACCAUGGUGACUGAAUCGCCUUCCUCGUUACACACCAGUGUUGUCAUAAUGCAGUCCUCAGGACCACUAUGGUAGUCAGGGACACUUCCUCCCUGACAAACAUUAAAAAUGAUAUUUCACAACUGUAUUGGUAAAAGACAAAUUUAAUCUAGGCUACAUUCAUUGUUAUAUGUUCAUUAUUAUAAUAUUUAUUUUGCUUAUUUUAAAAGAAAUAAAAAUUGAAGCAUUUCCUGGGUUCCACAGGUAUCCUAGGUCCUGGGCACCUUGCCUGCGGAUCCUAAGGUGCUUUUGGUUUAAUAAGUUAAGGUUGACAUCUUAUUUUUUUACCUUGCGCCUUUGAUAAUGAAUGAGGUUGAAUAUUUUAAAUGUUUUUAAUAUUGGUCUUUCUUCUAAAAAAUUAUAUGAAUAUUCCUUUUGGUUCUCUAUCCACUGGGGUCUUGAUGUUUUUCUUUUAUUUACAUAUACCAACCAACCAACCCACUGCCGUCGAGUCAAUUCCAACUCAUAGCGACCCUAUAGGACAGAGUAGAACUGCCCCAUAGAGUUUCCAAGGAGCGCCUGGUGGAUUUGAACUGCUGACCUUUUGGUUACCAGCCAUAGCACUUAACUAUUACGCCACCAGGGUUUUCUAUUUACAUAUAUAUAUAUAUAAGUAACUUUUUUCCGAUUGUAAGAGUGAUACAUGUAUACUGAAGAAAUUCAAAAAAGUCCAAAAGCUAAAUGAAUAAAAUAUAAAAACAACCCUAAGUAUCAGUAUCUGGAUUGUGACCUGGAGAUAAGUAUUAUUUACAUUUUGAUGUAUUUCCUUCCCGUUUUUUCUAAGUAUGUUUACAUGUUUUUUCUUUUACAACAAAAAUUGGAUUCAUACCCUAUAUAUUAUUUUUAUUCUUUUCCAUUUAACAUUUUACGAUGCACAUUUUUCAUGUUAUAAAAUUUUUUAAAAAACAUUUUUAAUGGUUCAUUUUCUGUCUUAUGGUUGUAUCAUGAUUUAUCUCUCCUUUUACCGAUGAGCAUCAAGAUUGUUUAUACUUAUAAGUCAUUCUUGAACAUAAACCUGUGUGCCCACCUUUGAUUAUUUCCUCAGAGUAAAUUCUGAGAACUGGGAUUACUGGAAGACAGUUAUGAACAUCAUAAGAUUGUUGGUAUUUCUCGGUUGCAUCCAGCAUGACGAUUCUGACUUACACUCUCACCCUCAGGGUUCUCUACAUUCUUGCCGACACUUGGAGUUAUCUUCUCACUUUUUAUGUUUGCCAAUUUGAUAUGUUAAGAAUGUUAUUUGUUCGAACUUACUGAUUUCCUUAGUUAUCUAGUGCUGCUACAACAGAAAUACCACAAGUGAAUGGCUUUAACAAACAUAUUUAUUCUGUCACAGUUUAGGAGGCUAGAAGUCUGAAUUCAGGGCGCCAGCUCCAGGGGAAGGGUUUCUCUCUCUGUCAGCUCUGGGAGAAGGUCCUUGUCAUCAAUCUUUCCCUGGUCUAGGAGCUUCUCAGUGCAGGGACCCCAGAUCCAAAGGAGGAGUUCCACUCCUGGCUCUUGCUUGGUGGUAAUGAGGUCCCUCUCCUCUCUGCUUGAUUCUUUCUUUUAUAUCUCAAAAGAGAUUGACUCAAGAUACAACUUAAUCUUAUCAAUUGAGUCCUGCCUCAGUAACAUAACUGCCUCUAAUCCUGCCUUAUGAAUAUCAUAGAGGUAGGAUUUACAACACAUAGGAAAGUCACAUCAGAUCACAAAAUAGUGGACAAUCACUCAAUACUGGGAAUCAUGGCCUAGCCAAGUAGACAUACAUUUUGGGGGGACACAAUUCAAUGCAUAAC